AUGUGUUUGAUCGCAUGUGUGGAAGACCUGGGGACUCCAGAUGGCAUAGCCUUUGACUGGAUCAACAACAGAGUGUACUACAGUGACUACCUCAAUCAGACUAUCAGCUCAAUGGCUGUGGAUGGAUCUAACCGCACGGUGAUUGCGCGGGUUCCACGACCGAGAGCCAUUGUAUUAGAUCCCUGCAGAGGGUAUAUGUACUGGACUGACUGGAGUUCAAAUGCAAAGAUUGAACGAGCUACACUAGGAGGAAACUUCAGAACACCUAUUGUGAGCUCCAAUUUGGUAUGGCCAAAUGGGCUCACCCUGGACUAUGAAGAACAGCAGCUAUACUGGGCUGAUGCAAAUCUGCAAAAGAUUGAACGAUGCACUCUCACUGGUACAAAUCGUGAGGUAAUUGUUAGCACUGCUCUGCAUCCAUUUGCAAUGACAUUGUUUGAUCAGCACAUAUAUUGGACAGACUGGAGCACACAAAGCAUUUACCGAGCUAAUAAGUAUGAUGGUUCAGAUCAGAUUGUAAUGAUCAUGAAUCUCCCACAAAGACCAAUGGAUAUUCAUGUCUGGGCAAAAAGUAAGCAGCAACAGUGUACCAACCCUUGCAACCAGUUCAAUGGUGGCUGCAGUCACAUCUGUGCACCAGGUCCAGCUGGUGCAGAAUGUCAGUGCCCCUCUGAAGGUCGCUGGUAUUUAGCCAAUAACAACAAGCACUGCAUUGUGGAUAAUGGUACCAGGUGUGAUACUGGUUUCUUCACAUGCCUUAAUGGGCAGUGUAUCUCCGAGCGAUGGAAAUGUGACAAUGACAAUGAUUGUGGUGAUGGCAGUGAUGAGUUGGAAAGUGUGUGUGCUUUCCAUACUUGUCAGCCAACAGCUUUUACCUGUGGUAAUGGGCGAUGUGUGCCCUAUCAUUACCGCUGUGAUCACUACAAUGACUGUGGGGAUAACAGUGAUGAGGCUGGCUGCUUGUUCCGAACUUGUGACUCCCACACAGAGUUUACUUGCAAUAAUGGAAGGUGUAUUUCUCUUCAGUAUGUCUGCAAUGGAGUGAACAACUGUUACGAUAAUGGCACAUCAGAUGAGAGGAAUUGCCCGGAGCGCACUUGCCAGUCUGGUUAUACAAAAUGUCAAAGCACAAAUAUUUGCAUUCCUCGAACUUAUUUGUGUGAUGGUGAUAACGACUGUGGAGAUAUGAGUGAUGAGAGCCCUACUCACUGUGUCUCACUAACUUGCACAAAUAAUGAGUUUCGCUGUACAUCCGGACGUUGUAUUCCUGCUCAUUGGUACUGUGAUCAAGGAAUAGACUGUGCUGAUGGCUCUGAUGAACCUGCCUCUUGUGUGCCCCGAGCACAGACUUGUUCAAGCGACCAGUUCAGAUGUGAUGAUGGCAGAUGUAUCCCAGCAACAUGGAUCUGUGAUGGUGAUAAUGACUGCGGGGAUAUGAGUGAUGAGGAUCAAAGACAUAAUUGUGCAAACCGCAACUGCACAGCAGCAGAGUUCACAUGUGCCAACAAUCGACCCCCUCUUAGGAGGUGCAUUCCUCGGGCAUGGGUCUGUGAUGGUGAUGCUGACUGCAGUGAUGCAUUUGAUGAACACCAGAACUGCACACGAAGAUCUUGCACAGAAAAUGAAUUUACUUGUAAUAAUGGCCUGUGCAUUCGAAACACAUACAGAUGUGACAGGCGGAAUGACUGUGGUGACAGCAGUGAUGAAAGGGGAUGCAUCUAUGAACCCUGUCAACAGCACCAGUUUACUUGUCAGAAUGGGCGCUGCAUUUCCAAGGCCUACAUCUGUGAUGGGGAUAAUGACUGUGGUGAUGAAUCUGAUGAGCUGGAACAUCUCUGUAAUACACCAGAAGCAACUUGCUCUCCUCAUCAUUUUAAAUGUGACAAUGGAAACUGCAUUGAAAUGGUUAAAGUCUGCAAUCGCUUGGAUGAUUGCUUAGAUAAUAGUGAUGAAAAAGGAUGUGGUAUAAAUGAAUGCAGUGACCCUUCAAUCAGUGGAUGUGAUCAUAACUGUACAGACACACAGACAACUUUCUACUGUUCUUGUCAUCCCGGCUAUAAACUUAUGUCUGAUAAACGGACUUGUGAUGAUAUUGAUGAGUGCAAUGAAACUCCAUCAGUAUGUAGCCAGAUUUGUGAGAACACAGCUGGCUCCUACAUCUGUAAGUGUGCCCCAGGCUAUAUCCGGGAGCCUGACGGAAAAAGUUGCCGGCAAAAUAGUAAUAUCUCCCCAUACCUUAUUUUUAGCAACCGUUACUAUCUGAGAAAUCUCACAGCAGAUGGCCAGUCUUACUCUCUCAUUUUGCAAGGACUGAGAAAUGUGGUCGCACUGGACUUUGACAGGGUGGAAAAGAGGUUGUACUGGAUUGAUGUGGGGAGGAAGGUCAUUGAACGAAUGUUCCUAAAUGGAACAAAUAAGGAGGCAGUGAUAAGUGAUGAUGUGCCCAACGGGGAAGGUAUCGCUGUUGACUGGGUUGGCAGAAAAUUGUACUGGGUGGAUGCCUACAAAGAUUGUCUCUAUGUCUCUGAACUUGAUGGAAGAUUCCGGAAAAGACUAGUGGACCGGUGUGUGGAUGCCAACAACACUUUCUGCUUUCAGUACCCCAGAGCAAUUGUUGUUCAUCCAAAAUAUGGACAGAUCUACUGGACAGACUGGGCAGAUCGAGCCUAUAUUGGACGAGCAGGCAUGGAUGGCAAGGAGAAGACAGUGAUUAUUUCUACAAAGUUGGAGUGGCCCAAUGGACUCACCAUAGAUUACACCAAUGACAAGCUCUACUGGGCAGAUGCCCAUCUAAAUUACAUUGAGUACUCUGACCUGGAUGGACAUCAUCGUCACACAGUAUAUGAUGGGACUUUACCUCAUCCAUUUGCAAUAACAAUUUUCGAAGACAUGAUAUAUUGGACUGACUGGAACACAAGAACAGUUGAAAAGGGAAAUAAAUAUGAUGGAUCAGGCAGGACUGUUCUUGUGAACACCACACAUAGGCCAUUUGACAUCCAUGUUUACCAUCCAUACAGACAGCCCUUUGUAAAUAAUCCUUGUGGCACCAACAAUGGUGGUUGUUCCCAUCUUUGUCUGAUAAAAGCUGGUGGUCAGGGUUAUUCCUGUGAAUGUCCUGAUAACUUCAUGAUAGUACAGUUUGGCAAUACAGCCCACUGCCUUCCCAUGUGCUCUAGCACCCAGUUUCUCUGUGCAGACACUGAGAGGUGUAUUCCUAUCUGGUGGAAAUGUGAUGGACAGAGGGACUGUCGAGAUGGCUCUGAUGAGCCCCCUACCUGUCCACAUCGAUACUGUCCUGUUGGUCAGUUCCAGUGUAAUGAUGGGAACUGCACAAGUCCACAUUUCCUGUGCAAUACCCAGCCAGAUUGCCAUGACAGAUCAGAUGAAGAUCCUGUACUUUGUGCUAAUCACCAGUGUGAAACUCAUCAGUGGCAGUGUGCCAAUAAACGAUGCAUCCCAGAAGCCUGGCAGUGUGAUAGAGAGGAUGACUGUGGUGACAACUCGGAUGAAGAUAGUGCUCACUGUGCCAGUAGAACCUGUCCCCCAGGCCAAUUUAAAUGUGACAAUGGCCGCUGCAUCCCCCAGUCCUGGAAAUGUGAUGUGGAUGAUGAUUGUGGUGAUAACUCUGAUGAGCCAUUCCAUGAAUGCAUGGGCCCUGCCUAUCGGUGUGACAAUCACACACAAUUCAGCUGUAGAACCAACUACCGUUGUAUACCACUGUGGGCAGUGUGCAAUGGGAAUGAUGACUGCAGAGACAACAGUGAUGAGCAAGGCUGUGAGGAGAUGACUUGCAGUCCUCUUGGAGAUUUCCGUUGUGACAAUCAUCGGUGUAUCCCACUGCGCUGGAAGUGUGAUGGAGAUAAUGACUGUGGAGAUAACUCAGAUGAACACAACUGCAGUCCUCGUGAAUGCACAGAAAGUGAAUACCGUUGUGACAACUUGCGUUGCAUACCUUCCCGGUGGGUCUGUGAUCACGAUGACGACUGUGAAGACAAUUCAGAUGAACGUGACUGUGAUCUGAGGACCUGCCACCCAGGUUAUUUCCAGUGUGAUAGUGGACACUGUGUUGCAGAGCGCUUCAGAUGUGAUGGAAAUGCAGACUGCCUCGAUUUCUCUGAUGAAGCAACUUGUCCAACACGGUAUCCUAAUGGUACAUACUGUCCACCCAUGCUGUUUGAAUGUAAAAACCAUGUCUGUAUCCAGCCAUACUGGAAAUGUGAUGGUGAUAAUGACUGUGGAGAUGACUCUGACGAAGAACUUCACCUUUGCUUGGAUAUUACAUGUGAAUCUCCAUUCCGUUUCCGAUGUGAGAACAAUCGCUGCAUAUAUAGUCAUGAGCUGUGCAACCAGGAAGACGACUGCGGAGACGGAAGUGAUGAGAAAGAGGAACACUGUAGAGAACCAACCCCAAGACCGUGUACAACUGAAGAAUUCAAGUGCAGUAAUGGAAAUUGCAUUCCUCUACACUAUGUCUGUGACAAUUAUGACGACUGUGGUGACCAUUUUGAUGAAAUGGGCUGCAAUCUCGGAACAGAACGAAAUUGUGCAGAAAAUAUCUGUGAACAUAACUGUACCAACCUGAAAGAAGGAGGCUUUAUCUGUUCCUGUAGGCCAGGGUACAAGGCCAGUGAAACUAACAGGAACUCCUGUGAUGAUAUCAAUGAGUGUGAAAUCUUUGGAACAUGCACCCAAGACUGCAAGAAUUCCAAAGGAAGCUAUGAAUGUUUCUGUGCAGAUGGCUUCAGGUCUGUGGGUGAUCAACAAGGGAAACAGUGUGCAGCUAAUGGUAAUCCUCCAUUGUUACUGCUGCCAGAUAAUGUGCGGAUUAGAAGAUACAAUAUCUCAUCAGAACAGUACUCUGACUACAUCGAUAACCAGGAGCGCAUCCAAGCUCUGGAUUAUGACUGGGACCCUGAAGGGAUAGGCCUGAGUAUUGUGUACUUCAGCAUACUGGGACAGGGUUCUGAGUUUGGAGCCAUCAAACGGGCUUAUCUGCCCACAUUUGACAGCAGUAGGAACAAUCCUGCAAAGGAAGUUGACUUGAAUCUCAAAUAUAUAGUUAAUCCUGAUGGGUUAGCUGUUGACUGGGUUGGAAGACAUCUUUACUGGACUGAUGCAGGGACUAAUCGCAUAGAGGUGGCAAAAUUAGAUGGACGGUACAGAAAAUGGCUUAUCUUUUCUUUACUGGAUCAACCAGCAGCUAUUGCUGUCAAUCCAAAACGUGGGCUCAUGUAUUGGACUGACUGGGGAAGGCAGCCAAAGAUUGAAUGUGCCUGGAUGGAUGGACAACAAAGACAAACUCUAGUCUCUGAAGACCUUGGCUGGCCAACAGGUCUUUCUAUUGAUUAUUUGAACAAUGAUAGGAUCUAUUGGAGUGAUUCUAAGGAAAAUAUUAUUGAAUCCAUGAGACCUGAUGGGACAGACAGAACCAUAGUAUUGCAUGGAGUAGGCAGUCCAUACAGCCUAGAUGUCUUUGAAGGCCAUUUAUACUGGAUAGCUAAGGAACGUGGAGAAGUCUGGAAGAAAGAUAAAUUUGGAAGUGGAGAAAAAGUGAAAGUGCUGACCGUAAAUCCAUGGCUUACCCAAGUGCGCGUCUACCACCAGCACAGAUACAAUCAGUCAGUGCCUAAUCCUUGUAAAGAUGUCUGCAGCCACCUCUGCUUGCUGAGACCAGGAGGCUACACCUGCACUUGUCCUCAAGGGGCUCGAUUCAUAGAAGGCAGCAGCACAGAGUGUGAUGCAGCUAUUGAAUCCCCUCCCACAAUGCCACCAGCAUGCAGGUGCAUGUAUGGAGGAACAUGCUAUAUAGAUGAAAGUGAUCUUCCAAAAUGCAAGUGUUCUUAUGGCUACACUGGGAAUUAUUGUGAAAUAGGAUUGUCGAAGGGAGUGCCUCCUGGAACAACAGUAGCAGUGUUGCUGACAGUCAUACUGAUCAUCAUAAUCGGAGUGUUAGCAGUUGGAGGCUUUUUUAACUACAGGCGAACAGGCUCCCUUUUACCAGCGCUUCCCAAACUGCCAAGUUUAAGCAGUCUUAUAAAAUCUACUGAAAAUGGCAAUGGAGUAACUUUCCGGUCUGGAGCAGAUGUGAGUAUGGACAUAGGAGUCUCUGGCUUUGGAGGAGACUCUGCUAUAGACAGAGCAAUGCAAAUGAAUGAAAACUUUGCAGUGGAGUCAGGGAAACAGCCCAUCACGUUUGAAAAUCCAAUGUAUGCAACCAGAGAUGGUGGAGCCAGCACAGCCAGUGCAGUUACAGUUGUUCGGCCAAAACAUGCAGCAGCAGCUGGAAGUGAGGAAAACGAAAAUUUUGAAAAUCCUGUGUAUGCCUCUGCAAUAUCUGCUAGUCCGAAGGAACCUCCUCAGAGUUCAGAUGCACCUCAGGAAUCAAAGUGGAGUUUCUUCAAGAGAAAAAUGAAACAAAACACUAAUUUUGAAAACCCAAUAUAUGCAGAGAUGGAAAAGGAGCAGCAACAAGACACAGAAAGUGUCCCUACCCCUUCUCCUUCACUGCCUCCCAAGAUUACACUGAGAAGAGACCAACCAUUAUCUUACACAGCAACAGAAGACACGUUUAAAGACACCGCCAAUCUUGUUAAAGAGGACUCUGUGGUAUAG